CUCAAACGCGGGCGACAUGUCAACGCGAUUACUUCUCGGAUUGCUCGCGGCGCUAUUCGUGAGCAGCGCAGCCGCCUCGACGGACAUCGAUUGGUGGGAGAAUGCAGCGCUAUAUCAGAUCUAUCCGCGAUCCUUCCAGGACAGCGACGGCGACGGUGUUGGCGAUUUGAAUGGCAUCACGCGGCGUUUGAGCUAUCUCAAGGAAAUCGGCAUUACGGCUACUUGGCUGUCGCCCAUAUUCAAGUCGCCCAUGUCCGACUUCGGCUACGAUAUAUCUGAUUUCAAGCAGAUCGACGAAAUCUUUGGCACGCUGGCUGACUUCGAUGCUCUGAUGCUGGAGGCCAAGUCGCUUGGCCUCAAGAUCAUCUUGGACUUUGUGCCCAAUCAUUCGAGCGACGAGUGCGAGUGGUUCCAGAAGUCAGUCAAUCGCGAGGAUGGCUACGAUGACUUCUAUGUGUGGCACGAUGGCAAGCUGAACGCGGAGACAGGUGAACGCGAGCCGCCCAGCAAUUGGGUCAGUGUUUUCGGCGGGCCACAGUGGACCUGGCACGAGACACGCCAGCAGUACUUCCUGCAUCAGUUCCAGGUGAAGCAGCCCGACUUGAACUUCAGCAAUCCAAUGGUGCGAGAGCACAUGCUGGACGUGCUGACCUUCUGGCUGGAUCGUGGCGUCGACGGCUUUCGCAUCGAUGCCGUGCCACACAUCUACGAGCAACGCAAUGCCGAUGGCAGCUAUCGCGACGAGCCGCUUAGUGGCUGGAACAGCGACCCCAACAGCUACGACUAUUUGGAUCAUAUCUACACCAAGGAUCAGCCGGAGACCGUGGAGCUCAUGUACGAGUGGCGCGAUUUUCUGCUGAAGUAUCAGGCCGAACACGGCGGUCCGACGCGUGUGCUGCUCGCCGAGGCUUACAGCCCCGUGGAAACGCUGAGCGCCUACUUUGGCAAUGGCACGCGGCUGGGCACACAGUUGCCCAUGAACUUUCAGCUGAUGUAUCUAAGCGGCCACUCAACGGCCAGGGAUGUGGUGGGCGCCAUUGACUACUGGAUGCAGACCAUGUGGACACAGCAUCAGACCGCCAACUGGGUGAUAGGCAAUCAUGACACACAGCGCGUGGCUAAUCGCAUGGGCGCCCACAAAGUGGAUUUGCUUAAUGUGAUUGUGAACGCACUGCCCGGCGCCUCGGUCACCUACUACGGCGAGGAGAUUGGCAUGUCGAAUGUGGCGACUGAAUGCACGGAAAUCUCCUGCGAUGGCCGCGAUGGCGAACGCACCCCCAUGCAGUGGGCUCCAGUUCAAAAUGCCGACUUCUCCACCGCUGACAGCCCCUGGCUGCCAGUCAGUCCCGACUAUAUGCGCUUCAAUGUGCAAACAGAACGCGGCGUGGCGCGUUCCUCCCUGCAAGUGUUCAAGGGUCUGCAGCAGCUAAAGAGCAGCGCCGCCUUUCUGGCCUUCAAGAAGAAGGACGGCUUCUCCUACGAGGCGCUCACCGAGCAGGUUUUGCAGAUUGUGCGCACCAAUAAUCUUAAUGAGGAGUAUCGCAUUCUGGUCAACAUGGGCAAUGCCAUUGAGAUCAUCGAUGGUCUCGCUGACAGGGUCUUUGAGUAUAUGCUGGUUACUGCCUAUUCGCGGCACAGACCUGGGGAGACGAUUGAUCUGAGCAACAGGCUGCUGCUCAUGCCGUACGAGGCAAUUGUGCUGCGCUGGCUGGCCUGAGUCAUCGAGUUUUGUCUUGUUUAGCUUAAUCAGUGCAUUUUAUGCUGCUCAUAAAGAUUACAGUUAAUACUAGAACUGUGGCAAUAUGCCACAGUCCUCACUCCCCGCUACCCCUUGCCUCAUGAAUGUGAAUGUUUUUUGUUAUUUUGAGUGGCCUUUACUCGAAAUAAUUGCUACUUAUUACAGAAAUCUAUAAACUUGAUGUACUUGGAAUAAAUACAACAAUUGAACUUAGAUAC